AUGCCCGAUUUCAAUUCGCCAGAAGGAAUUAAUCUGCUUGAAAAUAUAAUUACCUGCGAAAUACCUGAAAAUGAUUCAGAAUUAAAAGAUCUCGUCACCAGACUUCAAACCCACAGACACACACAUACAUGUUACAGUCGUAGAAGUCCAAAUUCGUGUAGAUUUGGGUUUCCAAAACGAAGCUCAGAAAGAACAGUAAUAUUGGACGACAACCAAGCAACUUCAAAUGGUGGAAAAUUUUAUAUAUUAAAGAGACGCUUGGAAGAAGCUAUGAUUAAUAAUUACAAUGCAGCACUACUACGAUUGUGGAGUGCUAAUAUUGACAUACAGCCUGUGGUUUCAGCUCUUGGCGUUGCGUAUUACAUCGCUAAAUAUAUCGCGAAAUCGGAACCAGCGAACCUGCAAGCCGCAAUAGCAGAAGCUCUCUGUAGAGUUAGAGAAAGGGGAGGAAAUUUUGGCCGGCAGAUAUUUGCUGUUCAGAAUUGUUUGCUGAACCAUCGUCAAGUGUCAGCGCCGGAGUGUGCGUACAGGCUGUGCCACCUGAAGUUACGCGACAGCUCCAGGAAGUCAACAUUCGUUAACACAUGCAAGCCUGAGCUCAGGUACAGGAUGUUACGUUUUGAUUCGGAUACAGUUGAGCCUUGCAGAAAUAUAUUCGAACGAUAUGAAAGUCGACCACGGAACUUAGAAGAAUUGAGUCUCGGUGAGUUCGCUGUCAAUUAUGAGCCGAUAACUUCUAUUGCUUAUCAAGACGAUGAUGAUGGAGAUGCUGAUGCUUAUGAGCAAGAAACUGAAAACCAAGGACCAAUAAUAAAUUUGCUGAAUAGAAUGGGUAGAAUGAAGAAACGAUCACGGCCAGCAGUUCUACAAACUCGAUAUUACACCGCUGACUCGGACCCUGAAGCAUACUAUUACAGUUUGCUAGUUACGCAUUGCCCUUUCCGUAGUGAAAGUGAGCUGUUAGAGGGGUACGACAAUGUUAAAGAUGCUUUCUUGGCGAAACGUGGUCUUUUAAGACCACUUCAUUCUAGGUAUGAUAAUGAGCUAUUAUCCCGUUGGGAAAACGAAAUACAAGAUGCCCUUCGACGACUAGCUGCUGAACAAGCAGCUGACUUGUGUGCCAAUGAUAGCGGCACGAAUCAUCAGACGUCGAUAUUACAACCACCAUUUCAUGAUAUUGUUAUUCAAGAAGAUGAUUUUGAAGACAAUGUGGUAGUAAACACUAUGUCUGAUGAGGAUUUCUUGAGAGGAGUCAAUUCCUUAAACCACGAUCAAAAGCAGUUAUUCGCCAAAGUAAGUGACAAAUUACGAACAAAUACUAAUAAUGACCAACAAAGAACACUCCUAAUGUUCAUUACUGGCGGAGCUGGAAGCGGCAAGAGUUUCACUCUGAAACUGCUAGUUGAACAAAUUCGGAGACUAUCCUCAAAUACAAGUGUUACAGUCACGGCACCAACCGGCGUUGCUGCCCGACUGGUCGGAGGAUGCACUUUACAUAGUACAUUUGUAUUGCCUAUUGAAAAGGGCCAAACAGUUACAUUGAGACCGCUGACCGGAGAUCGUCUGCAAAGGGAAAGAAAUAAAUGGAAAAAUAUUGAGUGGGUUAUAAUAGACGAGGUAUCAAUGGUGCCCUAUUCUACACUAAGAAAUAUUCACCUGAGACUACAAGAGCUUAAACAGAACGACCGUGUCUUCGGAGGUGUUAACGUUCUAGCUUUUGGCGAUCUCAUGCAGCUACCCCCGGUUGCUGCUACACUUGGGGGCGCGUAUUGCUUCAAGCAGCCGGAACAUCUUGUACAUGAACCACAUUUGUGGAGGAUGUUUGAUUUCUGUGAAUUGAGCCAAAAUAUGCGCCAAGCCAACGAUAACACCUUCGUUGAUCUUUUGAACAAUAUCAGAGUAGGCAAACUAACCUUAGAACAACUGGCCACGUUAGACACAAGAAAAAUAACUAAUGAAACAAACGAUUAUGAUGAAAUAGUACAUAUAUAUCCCACGUUGAAACAGGUAGAGUCAUAUAACACCAAGAUGUCGGAACGUUUAACAUUACUUACUAAAAUGUACACCAUCACAGCAAUAGAUACAUCCACUGAAUCGAAGACAUACGGACAGACCCCGAAACCUGAGCAUUUACCUAGUGACCCCAAUAGGACUGGGGGUAUAAUAAAUAGCAUCAAACUGGGUAUCGGCUCCCGAGUAAUGCUUCGUAGAAAUUUGAAUGUAAACCAGGGUUUGGUAAACGGAGCGAUGGGAGUGGUGAAGGCCUUCGAAUGGCCUGCUCUUCGGCGCGAUCAGUUGGAACAGGGAGAACAGCCAAGCGCUGUUCUCAUACAAUUUGACGACACAUCCAUAAAAGCAGAUAUUAACGGACUUAUCAGAAUCGAGCCUUGUCUCACUGAAUUUGACGGCUUGAGGGGGUCUGGGAAAAUUCAACGUAAAAUGCUCCCGCUGAUUCUUUCUUGGGGUUGUACUCGAGUCAGAAAAGAUAUCUAUAUCUCCCUCCUUGCUGCACCUAUUAUAUUGCCUCUGAAGCCUAUUCAUGGUGGCAUGGUGACCCAGGUUGCUCUUGGAACCCUGCACAAAAAAGGGAGUUCACAAUGUUCUAAAUUAAUUCUGAAUAAUACCGAAGAGAAGAGGCAGUAUCAUGAGCAAAUGGAGAACCUACUGAGAAAGGCAUACGCCGGGCGCUGUAGUGGUGACUUCGUGGAAAGCUUCAACGACGUCGAGCAAUCGUCCCGAGCGGCAGGCGCGCCGCGAAGGAAGGAGCGACCCCUAGAAGCUCCUGAAAAGCAGUGGCGCCUCAAGACCGGAUGGGACGAGCCCGUGCUGGAAGACGUCGCAGCAUACUUCGAGAAAUGGCUGUCAGACCUGCAGAUUAUGAAGAGACUGCGUAUUCCUCGAUACUACUACGGGGGGGGAGAUAAAUGA